GAUAGUAAAAUGGACCUGGAUGGGUGGCCUUUCGCCUCAAAAUAUCACGGAGUGGGUGUCGGCCCCUCAGUGCUACUUCAGCUGCAAUGGACAUGUGAAGGUGGCGUCUGCAAACAUCUCCACUUACCGGGCACCGGAGCGGGUGGUGCUGGAGCGGCUCCCAGAGAUGGAGCUGGGCCGGGCCUAUAACCUGACGUGCCGGGUUCUGAACGUGGUGCCCGUCAGGCACCUCACCGUGAUCCUCCGCCAGGGGGGACGGACCCUGCACACAGAGACUUUCCAGAACCACACCAGAACCGGACCUGACAAUGUCACGGUGACUAAGGAGAUCACCCCUCAGCGACUGGACCACGGGCAGGAGGUCACCUGCCACGCAGCCCUGGACCUGACACCGCACGAGCCGCACUUCGAAAACAGCUCCUCUGCGGUGGAGCUCAAGGUUUAUGCUCUUCCAGAGAAGCCCCAGCUCCAAACCUCCCACUAUAUAGAGGUGAGCACCAAGGCGACCGCCCUCUGUGAAGUGACCAAGGUCUUCCCUGCCGCUGGAGAGGCCCGGUUUACCAUGUCCUUUGGGGGGACAGAGCCUGAACUUCACCGUCACCACAUCAGGCGACACAGCCACAGCCCCCGGGCGAGGUUUCAGUCCUUGUCCACAGGCGAGCACCAGCUGACCUGCACCGUGUCCGUGGGCCCAUGUCCAGAUCCCACAGGGCAGAGCAUUCUCGUUUACAGUCUCCCUGAGCCCAUCCUAGAGGUAACUGAGUCCCAGACCGUCGUUAACAGCAACGUGACCGUUAUAUGCCAUUCCCCGAAAGCCCAUCCCCUGGAUGUCAUGCUCCAGCUCAGAGACGCCAAGCGAGUCCUGGUCCCCAGCACCCACGUCCCGCACCCAGUGCACUUCUCACUGACGGCUGGCGAGGAAGACGACGGGAGGGAGUUCACGUGUGAAGCAAGGCCUGUCUCAGACAUCCCCGUCGUGAAACACACGUCUGCUAGGCUCACUGUCCUCUACGGGCCCAGGAUGAAUGACUCCAGCUGCCCCAGGAAGUGGACCUGGAAGGAGGGGACAGAGCAAACCUUCUCCUGCCUAGCAUGGGGGAACCCAGCACCAGCCGUGGUGUGCAGGAAGGACGGGGUAUCCGUCAGCAUCGGGGUGCAGCAGCAGGUCAGGAGAGAGGACGCCGGGACCUACCACUGUGAAGCAUCCAACUUGCACGGCUCUGCCAGCCGGGAUGUGACCAUCCACGUGGAGUGGGCCGCACAGGGCUCGUUCGAGGUGAGUGUUUCGCCGGCAGCUCCUGUGGUGGAGUACGGAGGGUCCAUCUGGAUAAAUUGCAGCACCACAUGCCAGGAUCCUGGUGCCAGAGGCAGCCUGGAGACCUCGCUCACCAAAACCGAUAGUAAAAGUGGACCCGGGUGGGUGGCCUUUCGCCUCAAAAAUAUCACGGAGUGGGUGUCGGCCCCUCAGUGCCAGUUCACCUGCGGUGGACAUGUGAAGGUGGCGUCUGCAAACAUCUCCACUUACCGGGCACCGGAGCGGGUGGUGCUGGAGCAGCUCCCGGAGCUGGAGCUGGGCCGGGCCUAUAACCUGACGUGCCGGGUUUUGAACGUGGCGCCCGUCAGGCACCUCACCGUGACCCUCCACCAGGGUGGACGGACCCUGCACACGGAGACCUUCCAGAACCACACCAGGGCCGUGGCCGACAACGUCACGGUGACCCAUGAGAUCAUCCCUCAGCUACAGGACCACGGGCAGGAGGUCACCUGCCACUCAGCCCUGGACCUGAGACCACUCGGGCAGCUCUUCCAAAACUCCUCUCCUGCGGUGGAGCUCAGGGUUUUUGGUGAGUGCCGAUUCACUAGCCCCCGGCCUCUCGGGCAGGCCCUUCCACGGGUGCAGAGCGGGUGCCCAUGCCUGGAGACCCCGACCAUAAUCGGGGCCCCCACGGGAGUGGGCGCGGUCCAGACCUUCACCAAGAUCGGGUCCCCCACGGGGGCAGCUCUCCCAGAGGAGCCCCAGCUCCAAAUCUCCCACUAUAUAGAGGUGGGCACCAAGGUGACCGCCCGCUGUGGCGUGGCCGGGGUCUUCCCUGCUGGAGAGGCCCGGUUCAUGCUGUCCUUUGGGGGACAGAACCUGAACUUCACCAUCACCACAUUGAAUGACACGGCCACAGCCCAGGGCGAGGUUCGGUCCCUGUCUGCAGGCGAGCGCCAGCUGACCUGCACCGUGUCUGUGGGGCCCGUGUCCAGAUCCGCAUGGCAGAGCGUUCUCAUUUACACAGCUCUGCCUCGGUCCCCUGCAGGUUUCCCUCAGCCUGUCCUGGAGAUCGACCAGCCACGGGCCCUUGUGAACAGGAACGUGAGCCUCACAUGCUGUUCCCCUGCCUCCCAGCCCCCCGGCACUACGCUGCAGCUCAGAGACUCCGAGCAAACCCUGGCAUCCGGGCACCAGCCCUGCCUGCAGCUCACAUUGACGACCCGCAAGGGAGACAACGGGAGGCAGUUCACGUGCAAAGGGAACCUCGCCCUGGGCAGCCAUUCCUUUGUAAAGAACAUGUCCGCCCAGCUCAUCAUCCUCUACAAGCCUACGCUGGACGAGUCCGGCUGCCCAAGUCACCAGACGUGGCUCGAGGGGACCCAGCAGCACCUGGCCUGUGAAGCUGACGGAAACCCGAAGCCGGAGGUUUCCUGCAGCAAGGACAGCCAGGUGUACGAUGCUGGCAGCGUGCAGAACGUCGCGAGAGGCCACGCGGGGGUCUAUCGCUGCAGUGCCACCAAUGCGCACGGGAUGGCCGGCAGGAACGUGACAAUCCAUGUCGAAUAUGGGCCUGAAAUGGACGAUGCCGGCUGUGCCAGGACCCAGACCUGGGUGGAGGAGACGGAGCAAACCUUGGCCUGCCUGGCGUGGGGGAACCCGGCCCCGGCGGUGGAGUGCACAAAGGACGCGGCACCCUACGAUAUGGGGGUGCAGCGUUGGGUGGCGAGAGAGCAUGCUGGGACUUACCACUGCACUGCCACCAAUGCCCAUGGCUCAGCCCGCCGGGAGGUGACCAUCCGGGUGGAAUAUAAGCCAUCAAUGGACGAGCUCAGCUGCCCGAGUGCCUGGACCUGGGUCAAGGGGAUGUCGCAGACAUUCUCCUGUGACGCCGAUGGCAUCCCAGCCCCAGAGGUUGUGUGCACAAAGGACGGGGUCUCGUACCACCUGGGCCAGGGGCUGGGCCUCGCAGACCCCAUGGGCACCUACCAGUGCAACGCCACGAAUCCUCAUGGCUCGGCUACGAAGACGGUCACCAUCACCCUUGAAUAUAAGCCCACCAUGGACGAGUCCAGCUGCCCCAGUGCCCAGGCGUGGCUGGAGGGGACUCUGCACACCCUGGCCUGUGAGGCAGACGGGAUCCCCGUCCCCCACGUCCCAUGCGCCAAGGAGGGAGCAGCUGACGAGUUUGGCGGUGAGCGGAAUGUGAGCCGGAAUGACUCUGGCACCUACUGGUGCACGGCCAUCAACCGCCACGGGUCAGCGAGGAGGGCGGUCACCGUGCGGGUGGAAUACAGGCCCGUCAUCUUGCUCCUGGCCGUCGGCCCUUCCGCCACCGUCCCACGCGGCGCCAACUUCAACAUCAGCUGCCGUGCUGAGGGCUCCCCGGCGCCCGCCUACCACUGGACCGUGCCCCCUGCCCCCAACGUCCACUGCUCAGCCGAUAACAGCACCGUGAGCGUGGCCGGCGCUGACAGGCAGAACCGCGGCAUGUACAUCUGCAGAGUCUCCAAUGCCCAUGGGCAGCACCUGGGCCGGGUCCAAAUCCAGGUGACAGAUAACAGAUUCAUUGUUGCCGCCCUGAUCGCGGGGGUGGCCGUGCUGCUGCUGGGUGGGACGGCCGGGCUCGUCUAUUACCUCAAAUCCACCGCCUGCAAGAAGGGUGAGUACAACGUGCAGGACGCCGAGAGCUCCUCCAAAGCCACCUGCCUCGGCCGCGAUGGUGCCGUCUACGGGAUACAGCUCACCCAGACCUGAGCCAGCCGGCGGACGGAGCCACGAGCGCAGGGGCUGGAGGGGAACCCGACGGUGCGUCCCUGCGGCCGGGGCGCUGGCCAGGCUGGCUGGUUUGUUUGUUUAUUGUUGCAUCCGUCCUCGGACCACUUCAGAAGCUCCUGCCAAAUUGUGUUCUCUGGCCAGCCCUGGCCUGUCUCCAUACAGCCACUUCCACGUGCAGCUCCUGUCCCUGGGCUUCCUGGCUCGGAUCUGCUCCUGCCUUUUUCCCUUCCCCAGCUCCGCCCUGUCGCCCUGGUGGAACUUCCGGUUUGUCUCCGAUCCAGAAAGCUGGUGUCUUGCCUUAAAUAUCAAUUCUCUGGCUUUGGGAAAUGGGCUGACCCAUUAUGAGCUGGCCCCGACCAGGCAAUGAUUGCACUGAAGCACGUGGGCUCGGGGGUGUUGCCUAACCCAGUGCCUGGCUGGACAGCGCAUGCAGGGGAGAAUGGGUACGUGGCCCACUUGGAUCUGAACGUCUAGGUCCCAGAUUCCCACCCGGGGGAGGCAGGAGCCACGAAACACAAUCGGGCCUGCGGGGAAACGAAUGUGCUGGGUCUCCGUCCCCCAGCUAGCAGGAACGGGCCAGUCUGUCCUCAGAUAUAAGAAUGGCCAGACUCGGUCAGAGCAAUGGUCCAUCCAGCCCAGUGUCCUGUCUGCUGACAGUGGCCAGUGCCAGGGGCCCCCAGAGGGAAUGAACAGAACAGGGAAUCGCCCAGUGAUCCAUCCCCUGUCGCCCAUCCCCAGCUUCUGGCAAACAGAGGCUAGGGACACCAUCCCUGCCCAUCCUGGCUAAUAGUCAUUGAUGGACCUGUCCUCCAGGAACUUCUCUAGCUCUUUUUGGAACAGACAGAACAGCUGGGGACCGGCAUGGUUCGUGUGUCUUGCUAGGAACUGCUCUGAGACCCAGCAAACUCGUUUCAUCACAGGCCACUAAGUUUAUUGUCUGAGCACCCCGUUACCCCUGUCAGUCAGCGUUUGGGUGCGGCUCACCAGGCUGCUCCUGCUCCGGGGUAACUACAGCCACGGACUGUUAAACUUCCCUUCCUGUUGUCAUGGAGUCCCCGGGCGAUGCUCUGGAAAUGAAGCCAGGCAGGACUCUGGGGAAGCCUCCUCUCUGGGCGCAGCCUGUCUGCAGGACACACAGCUCACCCGGCUCCCCCCUUCCUGGGUCUGACCUCGGAGCAUUCACCAUCCUCUGCCCCUCCGUGCGCUUCCCACAGCGAGUCCGCCCAGGCGGGGUCCUGGGGGGCCAGAGGGUCCUGCCCCCCAACUCCGCAGUCAGACGUGACUCUCAGCCAGCCAGUAAAACAGAAGGUUUAUUAGACGACAGGAACAUGGUCUAACACAGAGCUUGUAGGUGCAGAGAACAGGACCCCUCAGCUGGGUCCAUUUUGGGGGGCAGUGAGCCAGACAACGCCAUCUGCACUUCACUCCUCGUCCCCAGCCAGCCCCAUACUGACUCCCCCUCCAGCCCCCCCUCCUCUUGGCUUUGUCCCUUUCCCGGGCCAGGAGGUCACCUGAUUCCUUUGUUCUCCAACCCUUUAGCUCUCACCUUGCAGGGGGGAAGGGCCCAGGCCAUCAGCUGCCAGGAAACAGGGUGUCGGCCAUUCUCGGUGUCCAGACCCCUGCCCACACCUGCCCUCUAGGGCUCUGCAACAAUCAUAUCCCCUUAUCCCACCACCUAGAUAUUUAAGAACUGCAUAGGGGAAACUGAGGCACCCCCACACUAUUCAGAGGAAACAUUAAGAACAGUCCCGCUUCAUCACACCUGUCUCAGAGACAGCCAGGAGACCCCCCGCCCUCCUGACAUCUGCCCCCAGCUCGUAGAGGUUAGUGAAUUCUAGCACUUGGUUGGCUUGCUGUUUAUGGGCCCUCAGAUGGUGGAAAUCAGCCAUAGCUUCACUGGAGCCAACGAGACUAGAGCCCCAGCUAGUGUAAAUCAGCAUCGCUCCAUUGACCCAAGCGCUGACUCCAGCAUGAGUCGAGUUUGCAUGGUGGCGCUGUCACUCAGGCCAAUGUCCUGGGCCAGUCGAGCUGUCCUUUAGAGGCAAAGUAAUACCCCAGCGUGUUUUGUAUGAUUGUUGUGGGGCAGAAUUAAAACAGCAAUACCCCACCCCUCCGGCCACCCAUAUCUCCCACUUCCAAGGGCAGAAUGCCAAAGGAAACAUGUAAUGGCCAGAAAAAAAGCCUCCAUCUGCAGGCUUUGCGCAAGAUUGUACCAGAACAGCCGCUGUGGAUGUCUGUCUUGUUGUGCUUCUCUCCAGGCAGUGUUAAUUACCAGCACAGACUUUGUUCUCUAGCAACUGACAAAUUUAGCACAUCGGUGACAGCCCCAUGGCUGAGCUGCUGAGAAAAACAGCUCCUCCUCAGUACACGCCUGGCAGAAAAUACGCGAAGCAGGUGGGAAAAGCAGCUUGUAGGGUAGCGGGCUGCAGGAUGCCACGCUGCCAGCCUUGGGGGCUGUGGGACUUAAUGUUGCUGCAUGCUCAGCAAAGACGUGUGGUGGUCUAGCCAAUCAGCUGGGUACUGCAACCUGACAAGCACGGGCCAGACCUACCGCUGGCGCCAAUCAGUAUCACGAAUGGGUUAUGGUGGGAUCCCGAGUCAUGGCCCAAGGCCCUAUUGUGCAAGGCGCUGUACGCUAUUUAUUAGGUGUAGUGUGAUACCGCCACUCCUGUGCCAGGACACCUUGCACUAAGUGCUGUACAGACACGGACCUGCCACGUUAAAUCUUGGAACCACGCCGCUUUACACCAGCGGACAAUCUGGCCCGUAAUCGUAACCAGCCUCUCAGCCCUUCAAA